AUGGAGUACGAACAGCUUAGCCUGGUGGCUGACCCGUCGAGAUAUGCCAUCAUCGCCAUCGGCGUGGCCAUCCUCACCAUGGCCAUUGGAUCAUGGUUGCUAGACACACACUCCGAGCCACCACUGCUUAACCCAGUGAGGCCACUUGAAAUCAUCAACCUUCCACGACUCUACCGCUUCAUGCGAUACAGCCUGAAUAUUCUCAAAAGGGGCGCUGAGCAAUUUCCCCGUCAGCCAUACAGGCUUUUCUGUGAAUGGGGCGAAUUGGUCAUCUUACCCCCCGAAUGUAUAGACGAGAUCAAAAUUGACAAGCGGUUCGAUUUUGGAGUUGCAGCCAGUGAUGAUAAUCAUGCUUAUAUACCUGGGUUUAAUGCCCUCUUACAUGAUCCUUUCAUGUCAAAGAUUAUAUCGCGACAAUUGACCCAAGCCUUAGGCAAACUUACGGCUCCAUUAUCCGAUGAAGCUGCUAUAGUCAUGAAAAACGUCAUUACAGAUUCUCACGUAGUGAAGCUAAUUGUUUUCCACCAAGAAUGGCACGUCCUAAACUUGAGAGAGGAUAUUGCCAACAUCGUAACCCGAAUGUCCUCCAGAGUCUUCAUGGGAGAGGAGCUUUGUCACGACGAAGGAUGGAACAAAGCACAAGCAUACUAUACCAUGAAGACCUUCCAAGCCAUGAUGGUCCUCUGCAUGGUCCCUCGCUGGCUUCGACCUUACAUCCAUCGGAUGCUGCCUCCCUGUUGGAUAGUUCGCAGAGCGCUAGCUGCCGCCCGGAAACAACUAGCUCCACAUAUUGCACGUCGUCAAGAGAUCAAGACUGCGGCACUUGCUCGGGGAGAGAAGUCUCCCUUUGAUGACACGAUUGAAUGGUUUGCACAGAGUGGUUCUCGACUUCCCCCCGCCGAUUGUCAGAUAUCGCUUUCACUAGCUGCUAUACAUACGACCACUGACUUGCUCUCUCAAGUCAUGAUUGACAUUGCCGCACACCCAGUACUCUUCACGGAGAUGCGUAAGGAGAUCAUCGGCGUACUUUCAACGUCAGGCAUGACCAAGACUGCCCUUUCUAAUCUCAGAUUGAUGGAUAGCGUUGUAAAAGAGUCACAGAGACUUAAGCCAAUACUGCUGGGCUGGAGAAGACAGGCGCUUGCUGAUGCCACCCUGUCCAACGGUAUUCAAAUCAAGAAAGGCCAAAAGGUAGCCGUCACAUCAUCUCAUAUGUGGAGCAACGGGAACUACGACAUGGCAAAAGAGUUCAAACCCUAUCGCUUCAUGUCAGAUACGGAGAAGACAUCAUCUCUGGUUAGCACAAGCCCGAAUCAUCUGGGGUUUGGUCAUGGCAUGCAUGCGUGUCCAGGACGCUUCUUUGCAGCUAAUGAGGUCAAGAUUGCUUUGUGCCACCUACUUCUCAAGUAUGACUGGAAGUUCAAAGACGAUAAGAAGCCAGAGCCUGUGGCAUUUGGCAUGGCGUAUGUCGCCAACCCCUUCGCCAAGUUGAUGAUCAGAAGAAGGGAGGGAGAGCUGGAUUUAUCUACGCUGAACUGUGGAGAUGGACAUGGUCAGAGUUGA